CAUUAUUCCUUUACCAAUACCUUCCGCUGAGCGAUCGCGCUCGCGGGCUACAAGUACAACAACCUGGUGAAUGCAGAACGCUUAAAAGUAACGCUUUUAAACGCUUAAGGACGCGAGGCGCCUUUAGAAAAAUUCUGAAUCGUUGAUCUAUUUGAUUUUUUAUGCAACCUGCGCGAUUCGUCCGCAUCUAUAAUUCGUGAAUGUUCGGCUCUCGUGAGCCCAAGGACAUUGACUGAGCAUUGUGCAUUACAAAAAUAUCACCUGAGGAAUACGAUAAGGGACUCAACAUCUGUCAGAGCGACUGCACGAAGAAGCAUCACGCAGGAAUAUUGACUUUGGUGUUUUAAAGUCAUAUUAAGACAGGACACAAGCUGUAUAGAUCUCAAGGCAAAAUGCCGAGUAUUCGACAGUCUUACACGGUCACUGUGCCGGAGGAACCCCCGGUAUCUGCCUUCCCCUUCAUCAAACAGGAUAUGCGCAGAAAAAGUCCAACGAUGUCUCGCUCUAUGCUGGUGUCCACAUUUGUGGGGCUUCUCAUUAACCAGGCUAAGAACUCGAAGAAUGCUCAGGGUCUGGUGGGCCUCAGGAAUCUAGGAAAUACUUGUUUCAUGAACUCCAUACUGCAGUGUCUGAGCAACACUCAUGACCUGAGAGACUACUGUCUGCGUAACAAGCACCGCACUGACCUCAACAACAACUGCAGGGCCAAAGCUGCACUGAUGGAGGAGUUUGCCAAGCUCACUCAGACUCUAUGGACAUCAGCUAGCAGCGAAGCCAUCAGCCCAUCUGACUUCAAAAUGCAGAUCCAGAAAUAUGCUCCUCGAUUCGUGGGCUACAAUCAGCAGGAUGCUCAGGAGUUCUUGCGGUUUCUACUGGAUGGACUCCAUAACGAAGUAAACAGAGUGACAGUGAAAUCCAGAGCGCCAAUAGAGGACUUUGAACACCUCUCGGACGACGAGAAAGGCAAGAGAAUGUGGAACAAGUACCUGGAGAGUGAGAACAGCAAUGUCGUUGAUCUGUUUGUUGGCCAGCUGAAAAGCUCAUUGACUUGCAGCGAGUGUGGCUACUGUUCAACUGUGUUUGAUCCUUUCUGGGAUCUGUCUCUACCUAUCGCUAAGGCUUCAGGAGAAGUGAGUUUGAUGGAUUGCCUUCGUCUUUUCACCAAGGAGGAUGUACUAGAUGGGAAUGAGAGACCAACGUGCCACAGAUGUAAAACCAGACGGAAAUGCACGAAACAAUUCACAAUUCAAAAAUUUCCCAAAAUCCUGGUGCUUCAUCUGAAGCGUUUCUCUGAGUGUCGAGUCAGAACCAGCAAACUCUCCACCUUUGUGAACUUCCCCCUCAAAGAGCUGGACCUCAGGGAAUUUGCAUCUGAUAACAGCAUAAGCGCAGUCUAUAAUCUGUAUGCUGUGUCGAAUCACACUGGUACAUCUUUGGGUGGCCAUUAUACAGCGUACUGCCGCAAUCCCUCUAAAGGAGAGUGGUACACCUACAAUGACUCCAGGGUGAGCCCCAUGUCGUCCAGCCAGGUGCGCAGCAGUGAUGCAUAUGUGCUUUUCUAUGAAUCUGCAACCUCAUCACGCCUGUGAUCAGGCCUGCCCAAAGGCUACAAUGAACAAAGCCGUGGAUAUAAUAAACCCUUCUGCUGCUGUCAAACUAAAUCUUGGUCUGGGUCUACAUGCUCAGAUCCUGAGACUUAAUUCCAGCAGAGGACCAUGGGACUUCAUACCAAGCUUAUGAACCGAGGACAGGAACUGAAUAAGGCCUGGAUAUGAAGACUAGAAUGAGAGUUCAGUUCAAGCCCAGAUUGAGCUUCAGUGUAAGGGCUUCUCCAUCCAUCAUUCCCUUUGAAAGAGGCUGCAGCUUUGGGAAUUGGUUUAAUAAACUGAAACUGAGGGACAUGAACACUACCUCUCUUGAAUGAGCAGGACUGUGUGUGUGUGUGUGUACUUGUGUGUGUGUGUGUCAGUCACCAGAUUGAUAUUGUAGGACUCUAUGCACUGUGUAACUGGAGGUCUCCGGCUAUACAAGCAGUCACCAUGACAACGCAAACAACUCCCAUGCCUUAUUUAAUUUAUUAACAUGAGUUCAAUGUUUUACUUAAUAUAGAGCUAAUUUCUACACAUUUAACCCUUGUGCGUCGAUUUAAAAAACAAAAAUGUAUAUGUCAAAAAACUGAUAUAUUAAUAUUAUUUUCUACUUUCAAUGAGUUAAUUUUUCAGUCCAAAUAUUCAUUCAUUUUCAGGAUUUUAACCCUUUAAAUGCCAGUUUGUUUAUAUAAUGCCACUGUUGUUUUUUAUUUAAAAAAAAAAGUAAGAAAAAAAAGAAAAAAAGAAUUAUUUUCCAUAUUUUAAAUGCUAUGGGGACAUUUUUUUUGUUGGGGGGGGGGGGGUUGGAAUAUCACAGUCUGAGAUAUUUCAAUGAUUAGCAACAACAUUGAUUUUGAUGCAUUAUUAUUUUUGUGCAGUGUCAGAUAAAAAAAAAAAAACCACACACACUCAGUACCUUAGAGCAGUGUUUCCCAACCACUGUGCCGCGGCACACUAGUGUGCCGUGAAAGAUUGUCAGGUGUGCCGUGGAAAAUUAUCAGAUUCCACAAAAUAAAUCAGGGCUCCGGACUGAGACUAAUUUUUCAAACAUUUUUCCUAACAGUUCGAUUAAACUUUGUAAGAGGUCGCAUUGGUGCAACUACAAAGUUGGCUGACUCUCUGAUUGUGCUCUGUCGUUUUUUGUUCCGUAUGAGAAAUAUCAAACGGCAAACAUUCCAAACGCGAAAGGAAACAGCUUUACCCGGAUCAGUCAGCGCUGCUCAAUGGACAGAUCAGCGCAGAGACGUGCAUUUACACGUGGACCGGUCUCGAGUGCUCAGCCGCGCAGAUCAUCAUAAACAGAGCUGCGAGAAGCAUGGGCUGGGUCACGAAUUCGGCAUUGAUUAUUUGUUUAAAACCCUAUAUGAAAGCCCAUAAUGUGUCGAUGAUUAAACCAGUUUAAAAUUGUAUUAAACGACCCCAACAUUCUAAACAGCAUUGAAAAGGAAUAAAGGAGAAAUCUGCACAAUGAACAGACAGAAAUUGUAAGGUUUCAGUCCACACAUCACAGACAUUAAUAACCAUAAACUUAUAUCAAUAUAGUAGUGAGAGAAUACAAUUUAAUUUCUGGAUGUGUUUUUCUUACGAAAAAUGCCAUAAUUUGUUUUAUGGUUACUGCUAAUCAUGGUUUUACUUAUACUUUUGGUUACUAUGAUCUUAUUGCAAAUGCCACAGUUAAAACUAUGGAUACAAUGGAACUUUCCUUCUGUGUAAAAUCUUUUCUAAUGCCCUCUGAUUGUAGAAAGAGGCUUUGUUUGUCUUCAGAUGACUGUAUUUUAAUCAUCAAGAUCCUGAUAAAAAGAAAGAAACCGUGAAAGAAAACUAAUUUUCUUUCAGUUGGACCGGUGCGACCAACUCGGGUGCUGGUGCGACCAUUUGUAGAAUUUAACACUGGUGCUACCACUCUUAAAUGUUAGUCUGGAGCCAUGUAAAGAAAUAGAUAAAUAAAAAAUUAUUUGCUGUGGCAUUACAAGAAUUAAUUUGCAAGAACAAUCUAAAAAUAAGAAAAGAUGCGAAUUUGUUGUUUUAUUCAUUACCCAAUUUGCACUCUUGCCACCUGUGAUCUCAUUAUACACCAUACCUACAUGACUUGCGUUUUUUGCAUAGCCGAAUUUCAAACAUUACGAGUAAACGCAACUAAAAUGGACAGAAAACAUGGAAGUUCUUGAAAACUAUCAAUUAUGGUUAUGUAGGACAGUGGGAUAGAGGUGUGCCAUGGGAUUUGUAUAAUUGUAAAAAGUGUGCAUGGCAGAAAAAAGGUUGGGAAACACUGCCUUAGAGGACAAAAAUGUCUGCAUCAAAAAACUGCCAUAAAAAUAUUAUAUAUUAAUAUUAUUUUCCACUUUCACUGACUUAGAUUUUUUAACCAACAUAACUAAAUAUUCAUUCAUUUUCAGGAAUUUAACCUUUUAAAUAUCAGUUUGUUUACAUAAUGCCACUGUUGUUGUUUACACACACACAAAUUUCUUAAUACACACAUACAAAACACACUCUGACAUCCAUACCAACACCCUCACACAAUUUUAGCUGCAUCAUUUAUUCAAGUGGCCUACAGUGCUCUAUAAUACAGCAAACAAAAUAGGGAAAAAGCAUGUAUUUGCUCCAUAGGCUAAACAUGAGAAAAAUGGUGCCAUCUGGUGGAAUAUAUAUAUAUAUAUAUAUAUAUAUAUAUAUAUAUAUAUAUAUAUAUAUAUAUAUAACAUUUUGAUCAAAUUGGAUCAAAUAUUGCCAUUUUAAUGGGUUUCAAUGGGGACAUUUUUGUCCUUAAGGUCCUGAGUGUAACUAUUUUGUGUACACAGUGUAUUAUAGAUGUAUUAUGGGAACUGAGGUUGAAAUAUCAAAAUUCCCCCAAAAAUACACACCUUUGGCAAAAUGUAUGCCGUUGGCAUUAACACAGCCAAAAGGAUGGAAAAAAAUUUAAAUGAAAAAGACAAAAAUGUCCUGAAGGUCGCACAAGGGUUAAAUGUGAGGUCAUCUUGCUGAGGGACCACAUAGGUCAACAGUGUAAAUG